UUAUUGGUGCCACUGUGAAAUACUAUUAUGGCUUAUACUUUAGCAUGGAAGUGCUGGAAGGUGGUUAUUGAUCAGUGAAUGCCGUUGACACCUUCAUGUUCUUUGACUGGAUGCUCCGGCUUUGAAGCGCCACAUUUCUACACUGCUAACCUAGAGGAACCUGUGUUGAGAUGAUCCCACCGAAAUAACACGGCUAAUAGUUCAUCUCUUUCCUCCAGGAACCUUCAGGUUUUACCAACCAUCUUUAACCUAAUUAUCUAAAGAGACAUAAGUUUGAUGUGGCAAAAAAAAAAAAAAAAAAAAAAAAAUCCUCCUUAACGUUCGGAUACUCGAAUUCUUUAACGAAACUCACCACUGAGCUAGGCCGGCAUAUGUCCGACAAAAUGUCCGCAAAAAACGUUAAGAAAAGCUGUUAUAAGGCCAGCUUGAGAGGCAUCAUAAAUGGCCUUCGCUGUCCUUUGAGCUAAUUAUCUAACACCCGAAGAGAGUGCUGGUUCUAGUUAGAAUCCGCGCAUCAGGUUCGCCAACCGUCAGAAGGGCGCGUGCGAGGGCAGGGAGGAUGUUAAACCCCGUUUCAGGGCUCCUCCCUAGGCUGUAGGAAACCACCACUCUGAAGCCUGGCGGGGGAGGAGUGCUGCAGGCAGCUGCCGAGGGAGCACUCUGCGGCGAGGCCGUUUCCCUGAGUCACGGAGAGGGCGGGAGGCUGCACCCGUAUGCUCCCGCCAUGUCCUCCUGUAAAGGGCUCAGUCGAAACAGGCAAGGGCCUCAGGGGAAGGAAGCGGCACCCGCUAUUCCUCAAAGUGGCCCAACAGCCACCUCACUCCCUGAAGACCUUGCAUUUCCUUGGAACGCACUCUCCAUUCUGGCAGCAAUCAGCCGACCCUUCCCCAUCAGCAUCACGUGCACAUGGAAGUACGUGGGUGGGACCUAAAGCACCCACGGAAGUGACGUUGGUCGCUCCGAGUCGCAUGAUGUGGCAAAAUGAAAAAAAAAGCCGCGGUGGGGGGAGAAAAAGAAGAUUGGCGAAAAUUAUGAGUCUAAAAAGUAGUCCCUCUGGUUCCUCUGUUUUCCCAUAUGCGUCAGGACGCGAGGGUUUGGGCGCACUGCGCCGCGAAUUCCUGCGCCCGCCGCGCGCCGCUCCUCGGAAGGGUACAUAAGGCGGAGGAGAGUGAGGCGACUGGGCGGAGUUCUGUCGCUGGGAUCCAUCCGCAGGGCUCAGCCGUUUCCGGAGUCUGCGCUGCGCCCGGUUCCGCCAUUGCGGCUCUCUUGGCCCCUGGAGCCUCCGCCCCCGACCCGAGCUCUUUCGUCCGCCUGCCAGUUUCCUGCGUCCCCGGAGAGGAUCCUGCUGAGCCCAGCCUUCCCCCUCCCCUUCUCCUCCUCUCCCUUGGAGAGCCCGGGCAGCCACUGCCCCGCAGUCCCAGUGACAGGAGGAGACCAUACCCCCCGACAGCGCCAUGGCCCAGAUUCUGCCAAUUCGUUUUCAGGAGCAUCUCCAGCUCCAGAACCUGGGUAUCAACCCAGCAAACAUUGGCUUCAGUACCCUGACUAUGGAGUCUGACAAAUUCAUCUGCAUUAGAGAAAAAGUAGGAGAGCAGGCCCAGGUGGUAAUCAUUGAUAUGAACGACCCAAGUAAUCCAAUUCGAAGACCAAUUUCAGCAGACAGUGCCAUCAUGAAUCCAGCUAGCAAAGUAAUUGCACUGAAAGGUAUAAAAGAUUCUGGGAAAACUCUUCAGAUUUUUAACAUUGAAAUGAAAAGUAAAAUGAAGGCUCAUACUAUGACUGAUGAUGUCACCUUUUGGAAAUGGAUCUCUUUGAAUACGGUUGCUCUUGUUACGGAUAAUGCAGUUUAUCACUGGAGUAUGGAAGGAGAGUCUCAGCCAGUGAAAAUGUUCGAUCGCCAUUCUAGCCUUGCAGGGUGCCAGAUUAUCAAUUAUCGUACAGAUGCAAAACAAAAGUGGUUACUUCUAACUGGUAUAUCUGCACAGCAAAAUCGUGUGGUGGGAGCUAUGCAGCUAUAUUCUGUAGAUCGGAAAGUAUCUCAGCCCAUUGAAGGACAUGCAGCUAGCUUUGCACAGUUUAAGAUGGAAGGAAAUGCAGAAGAAUCAACGUUAUUUUGUUUUGCAGUCCGGGGCCAAGCUGGAGGGAAGUUACAUAUUAUUGAAGUUGGCACACCACCUACGGGGAACCAGCCCUUUCCAAAGAAGGCAGUGGAUGUUUUCUUUCCUCCGGAAGCACAAAAUGAUUUUCCUGUUGCAAUGCAGAUCAGUGAAAAGCAUGAUGUGGUAUUCUUGAUAACCAAAUAUGGUUAUAUCCACCUCUAUGAUCUUGAGACUGGUACCUGCAUCUACAUGAAUAGAAUCAGUGGAGAAACAAUUUUUGUUACUGCACCUCAUGAAGCCACAGCUGGAAUAAUUGGUGUAAACAGAAAGGGACAGGUUUUGUCAGUGUGUGUGGAAGAAGAAAACAUAAUUCCUUACAUCACCAAUGUUCUACAAAAUCCUGAUUUGGCUCUGAGAAUGGCUGUACGUAACAACUUAGCUGGUGCUGAAGAACUUUUUGCCCGGAAAUUUAAUGCUCUUUUUGCCCAGGGAAAUUACUCAGAGGCAGCAAAGGUAGCUGCUAAUGCACCAAAGGGAAUUCUUCGUACUCCAGACACUAUCCGUCGGUUCCAGAGUGUUCCAGCCCAGCCAGGUCAAACUUCUCCUCUACUUCAGUAUUUUGGUAUCCUUUUGGACCAGGGACAGCUCAACAAAUAUGAAUCCUUAGAGCUUUGUAGGCCUGUACUUCAGCAAGGGCGAAAACAGCUUUUGGAGAAAUGGUUAAAAGAAGAUAAGCUGGAAUGUUCUGAAGAACUGGGUGAUCUUGUGAAAUCUGUGGACCCUACAUUGGCACUUAGUGUGUACCUAAGGGCUAAUGUCCCAAAUAAAGUCAUUCAGUGCUUUGCAGAAACAGGUCAAGUCCAGAAGAUUGUUUUAUAUGCUAAAAAAGUUGGAUACACUCCAGAUUGGAUAUUUCUGCUGAGAAAUGUAAUGCGAAUCAGUCCAGAUCAGGGACAGCAGUUUGCUCAAAUGUUAGUUCAAGAUGAAGAACCUCUUGCUGACAUCACACAGAUUGUAGAUGUCUUUAUGGAAUACAAUCUAAUUCAGCAAUGUACCGCAUUCUUGCUUGAUGCACUGAAGAAUAAUCGCCCAUCUGAAGGUCCUUUACAGACGCGGUUACUUGAGAUGAACCUUAUGCAUGCGCCUCAAGUUGCAGAUGCUAUUCUAGGCAAUCAGAUGUUCACGCAUUAUGACCGGGCUCAUAUCGCUCAGCUGUGUGAAAAGGCUGGCUUACUGCAGCGUGCAUUAGAACACUUCACUGAUUUAUAUGAUAUAAAACGUGCAGUGGUUCACACCCAUCUUCUUAACCCUGAGUGGUUAGUGAAUUACUUUGGUUCCUUAUCAGUAGAAGACUCUCUAGAAUGUCUCAGAGCCAUGCUGUCUGCCAAUAUUCGUCAGAAUCUGCAGAUCUGUGUUCAGGUGGCUUCUAAAUAUCAUGAACAACUGUCAACUCAGUCUCUGAUUGAACUUUUUGAAUCUUUCAAGAGUUUUGAAGGUCUCUUUUAUUUUCUGGGAUCCAUUGUUAACUUUAGUCAGGACCCAGAUGUGCACUUUAAAUAUAUUCAGGCAGCUUGCAAGACUGGGCAAAUCAAAGAAGUAGAAAGAAUCUGUAGAGAAAGCAACUGCUAUGAUCCUGAGCGAGUCAAGAAUUUUCUUAAGGAAGCAAAACUAACAGAUCAGCUACCACUUAUCAUUGUGUGUGAUCGAUUUGACUUUGUCCAUGAUUUGGUGCUUUAUUUAUAUAGAAAUAAUCUUCAAAAGUAUAUAGAGAUAUAUGUACAGAAGGUGAAUCCAAGCCGACUUCCUGUGGUUAUUGGAGGAUUACUUGAUGUUGACUGUUCUGAAGAUGUCAUAAAAAACUUGAUUCUGGUUGUAAGAGGUCAAUUCUCCACUGAUGAACUUGUUGCUGAAGUUGAAAAAAGAAACAGAUUGAAACUACUUCUGCCUUGGCUAGAGGCCAGAAUUCAUGAGGGCUGUGAAGAGCCUGCUACUCACAAUGCCUUAGCCAAAAUCUACAUAGACAGUAAUAACAACCCGGAGAGAUUUCUUCGUGAAAAUCCCUACUAUGACAGUCGCGUUGUUGGAAAGUAUUGUGAGAAGAGAGAUCCACAUCUGGCCUGCGUUGCUUAUGAACGUGGUCAGUGUGAUCUGGAACUUAUUAAUGUUUGCAAUGAGAAUUCCCUCUUCAAAAGUCUGUCUCGCUACCUGGUACGUCGAAAGGAUCCAGAAUUGUGGGGCAGCGUGCUGCUGGAAAGCAAUCCUUACAGGAGACCCCUAAUUGACCAGGUUGUACAAACAGCUUUGUCUGAGACUCAAGACCCUGAAGAAGUGUCAGUAACUGUCAAGGCUUUCAUGACUGCAGACCUUCCUAAUGAACUCAUUGAACUGCUGGAGAAAAUUGUCCUCGAUAACUCUGUAUUCAGUGAACACAGGAAUCUGCAAAACCUCCUUAUCCUCACUGCAAUUAAGGCUGACCGUACACGUGUUAUGGAGUAUAUUAAUCGCUUGGAUAAUUAUGAUGCCCCAGAUAUUGCCAAUAUCGCCAUCAGUAAUGAACUGUUUGAAGAAGCAUUUGCCAUUUUCCGGAAAUUCGAUGUCAAUACUUCAGCAGUUCAGGUCUUAAUUGAACAUAUUGGAAACUUGGAUCGGGCAUAUGAGUUUGCUGAACGUUGCAAUGAACCUGCGGUCUGGAGUCAACUUGCAAAAGCCCAGUUGCAGAAAGGAAUGGUGAAAGAAGCCAUUGAUUCUUACAUCAAAGCAGAUGAUCCUUCCUCCUACAUGGAAGUUGUUCAGGCUGCCAAUACUAGUGGAAACUGGGAAGAACUGGUGAAGUACCUGCAGAUGGCCCGUAAGAAGGCUCGAGAGUCCUACGUGGAGACAGAAUUGAUAUUUGCGCUGGCUAAAACAAACCGCCUUGCAGAGUUAGAAGAAUUUAUCAAUGGACCAAAUAACGCUCAUAUCCAACAAGUUGGUGACCGUUGUUAUGAUGAAAAAAUGUAUGAUGCUGCUAAGCUGUUGUACAAUAAUGUUUCCAAUUUUGGACGUUUGGCAUCUACCCUCGUUCACCUGGGUGAAUAUCAGGCAGCUGUUGAUGGAGCUAGGAAAGCUAACAGUACUCGAACAUGGAAAGAGGUCUGCUUCGCCUGUGUAGAUGGGAAAGAAUUCCGUCUUGCUCAGAUGUGCGGACUUCAUAUUGUUGUACAUGCAGAUGAAUUAGAAGAACUUAUCAACUACUAUCAGGAUCGUGGAUAUUUUGAAGAGCUGAUUACGAUGCUGGAAGCAGCACUGGGACUUGAGCGAGCUCACAUGGGAAUGUUUACCGAAUUAGCCAUUCUGUACUCUAAAUUUAAGCCUCAGAAAAUGAGAGAGCACCUGGAGCUGUUCUGGUCUAGAGUGAAUAUUCCCAAGGUGCUAAGAGCUGCAGAACAAGCUCAUCUUUGGGCAGAACUGGUGUUUUUGUAUGACAAGUAUGAAGAAUAUGAUAAUGCCAUAAUUACCAUGAUGAAUCAUCCAACUGAUGCCUGGAAAGAAGGGCAAUUCAAAGAUAUCAUUACCAAGGUUGCCAAUGUGGAACUAUACUACAGAGCAAUACAGUUCUACUUAGAAUUCAAGCCUCUGUUGUUAAAUGAUUUGCUGAUGGUGCUGUCUCCACGGCUGGAUCACACUCGUGCAGUCAAUUAUUUCAGCAAGGUUAAACAGCUACCACUGGUGAAACCAUAUUUACGUUCAGUUCAGAACCAUAACAACAAAUCUGUGAAUGAAUCACUCAACAACCUUUUUAUUACAGAAGAAGAUUAUCAGGCUCUGCGAACAUCAAUAGAUGCUUAUGACAACUUUGACAAUAUCUCGCUUGCUCAGCGUUUGGAAAAACAUGAACUCAUUGAGUUCAGGAGAAUUGCUGCUUACCUCUUCAAAGGCAACAAUCGCUGGAAACAGAGUGUAGAACUGUGCAAGAAAGACAGCCUUUACAAGGAUGCAAUGCAGUAUGCUUCUGAAUCUAAAGAUACCGAGUUAGCUGAAGAACUCCUGCAGUGGUUUUUGCAGGAAGAAAAAAGAGAGUGCUUUGGAGCUUGCCUGUUUACCUGUUACGAUCUUUUAAGGCCAGAUGUCGUCCUAGAAACUGCAUGGAGGCACAAUAUCAUGGAUUUUGCCAUGCCCUAUUUUAUCCAGGUCAUGAAGGAAUACUUGACAAAGGUUGAUGCAAUAAAGGAAAAGGUGGAUAAAUUAGAUGCUUCAGAAUCACUGAGAAAAGAAGAAGAACAAGCUACAGAGACACAACCCAUUGUUUAUGGUCAGCCCCAGUUGAUGCUGACAGCAGGACCCAGUGUUGCCGUCCCUCCCCAGGCACCUUUUGGUUAUGGUUAUACUGCACCACCGUAUGGACAGCCACAGCCUGGCUUCGGGUACAGCAUGUGAGAUGAAAAGCUGAUCCUGUAGCCACCUAUUUUCGUACUGAAACAUCGUCUCUACCCACUUCUGUUUAUAAUGGGGGAAACAGGCAACGUGUUCUUGUAACCUUUAUUUCAUGAAGGACUCCUUUUUUGUUUCUAACUAUAAACUUUGGAUCACCUAUGUUAAAACCUUAUUUCACAUUCCACAUCAUUUUAGAAUUUAUUUUCGGAGGGGAAUAGUUUCAAUGUUUUAUUCACUUGGGGUUUUUUUCUUCCCCCUCAUUCUUUAAAAGAACUGCUUAAUAUUCAGUCUGUUGUGAAGAACCCGAUUUGCACUCUGUAGUGUUUAAAGAAACAAAGAAACUCUAAUAUUGAAUCUCUUAAAUUUAGUGUAUGUAAACAGCUUACAAAUAUGUAUUGUCUAAAUGCAUUUAAAUCUGUUUUAUUCAGAGAAAAGCUAAAGCAAAAAUACUGGCAAGACUGUCAGUGCCAACAAAGACAACACUAAUCAAUCAGCAUAUCCUACAUUGGAUUGCAGUGCUCUCCAGAUAAUUUGAAAAAUGUUACAGACAACUUGCCUGAUUUUUAAAUGAGCAUAAAAGGCCCUCUAACCUAUGCAGGUUUCCCCAUUAUGCAUAUAGAAAAUGCUAGUAUGUUUUGCUCACUUCAUAUGUAACAGGUGCCCUUAUGUUGUGCUGUAUCCUGUGCUUUUUCUGUGGGACCAUUCCAUUCAGGAGCAAAGAGCACCAUGAUUCCAAUCUUGUGUGUGUUUACUAACCCUUCCCUGAGGUUUCUGUAUGUUGGAUAUUGUGGUGUUUUAGAUCACUGAGUGUACAGAAGAGAGAAAUUCAAACAAAAUAUUGCUGUUCUUCAGUUUUGUUUGUGGAAUUUGAAAUUACUCAAAUUUAAAAUAAAUUACUGGACUGUGGAAAUAA